GAGAGCGAGGGAGGAAAAAGAGGAGGAGAGCUCAAAAGAGCAGGACAGACAGAUUCAGAAGAGAAGGUAGACAGUCAGCAACAAGAGGGAAUUUUUGCCGGCAAACAACUUCCAUUCCUUUCUAUUCCAGUAAAUAUCCACUCUCUCUUUCUGUUUUGAGUGCUGUUAGUGAUAGACCACAGCGUGGUGUCGGUUCGGUUUCUUGGAGGGAGGUGAGGGGGAGCAGAGGUCGGUCAGCAAGAGCCGGUGGAUAUUUUUUUAAGAGAGCACUUUUCUGACACCCACAACACGAUGAGUGCUGCCCUGCCUCUUGCCCGCUUUAACCACGCUCGCUAACCAGGAGAAGAAGGAAGAGUGAGACAGCGUCCACACCGUCCUCAAGAGCGAAUGGGAAGCGAGGGUCUGUAACGCUGGAGCUCAAGGACAAACCAUGGACUCUGCACACCUCCCACUUCACCUGGAUGUCCAACAUGUUCCCUGCUAGCCUACUGGUUCUGAUGAUCCUGCUGCUACCUCAAGCCUCAUCCGGUCACCAGGGGGAUCCCAGUCAGAUUAAUGGAAACCUGGUCCCCCCUCUGGAGCCUAGUUUGGCCCACACCAUUCAGAAACUUCUGCUGACUCGCCUGGGUCUACAGUCACACCCUAACCCCAGUCCGGAGGCACGGGUGCCCCAGUAUCUUCUGAACCUGUACAGAUUUCACACUCAGCAGUACCAUCUCAUUGAAGACCCAGAGUUUAGCUACCCCUCCCAGCAUGUGCAAGGAGCCAACACGGUCCGAUGCUUUCACCACACAGAGCUACAGAGUUCUUCAGAAGAGAACGAAGAGGCAGUCGACCGCUUACGCAUUGCUUUCAAUCUAUCUUCCAUUCCAUCAGACGAGACUGUGGUGUCGGCAGAACUACGCUUCCUGCAGGAAGGACCAGACGUAAAUUCUCACACGGUCAGCCUUUACCUCUCCGACACUGACCCUGCAUCAAAACCCGAACUUCUCCAUUCACGUCGACUGACCAGAGACAAAAAGUCAACCGCAGAACUCUGGGAAACCUUUCCGCUGCAUGGAGAUGUGUUCAAGAGUAUAUCUGAGAAGUCUGGGAGCCUAUCUUUCAUUCUGCAUGUUGUUGCAGAUAACAGCAGUCUUCCGACAGAGAAACAUCUGCGUGUGCGCAGGUCAGCGGGGCAGGAUGAGCCCAGCUGGGCGAGGCAGAGACCCCUACUGGUAACUUACAACCACGAUGGGCGCAGCGAACCGUUCGUACCCCUCAAAAAGCGGACCCCUGCUGGUAGACGAGGCAGAGGCAGAUGGACUGGGGGCAAGUUUAGGGCUAACAGAGGUCAGGGCUUGGAUGUGGGCUGGCAGGGGGGCUGGAAUGAAAAGCGGGUGAAACGCAACGGAGGGAGGGCGGCAAAGCUCAAACGCCUCUCGCGUGCACGCUGCCGUCGACACCCGCUGUAUGUGGACUUCAAAGACGUGGGCUGGAAUAAAUGGAUCGUGGCCCCGUCCGGUUACGAUGCUUUCUUUUGUCUGGGAGAGUGCCGCUUCCCACUGGCUGACCAUAUGAAUUCUUCCAGCCAUGCUAUGGUGCAGACGCUGGUGAACUCUGUGAACGGGGCCGUGCCGCGGGCCUGCUGCGUGCCCACUGCCCUCAGCCCUAUCGCUCUCCUCUAUCUAGACCAAGAGGAACGUGUGGUGUUAAAAAACUACCAAGAUAUGGUGGUGGAGGGGUGCGGUUGUCGAUAGCAAAACACUCGUGGAAUAAAUGUGCAGGAUGGAAAAUGAAUGGAAUUUUAAGACUUAAUUAAAGGGACUUAAAAGAGGAAGAUAAGGAAGUAAAGUGAGUCAGAAAGAGAACUGAAAGAAAGCGAGGUAAACUGUUGAUAUAUCAUCAUUAAAAAAAUCUUUAAAGGAUGGUUCAAUAUGUUAAAAUGUGUUAAGCUUAAACAAUCGCAUUUGUUGGAUUAAAUUGAACAACAACAUAAAAAAGUAAAAACUGCAGAUUUGUUCAGAUUCCAAGAUCUGCAAUCGUAUUUAAAUUCAAAUUUAAAUAUGACCUAUAAUUUUUUAUAAAAACCGAGACACGAGUCUCAUUUGUUCUCCUAAAAUAAAUAAUAUAAUAUUUAUAACAAAUAUAAGAAGAGGCAAAGUUGAUACCUACACUGCAAAAAAUGACUUUCUUGGUACACUGCAAAAAACUAUAUAUAUAUAAAUCUUAGUAUUUUUUCGUUUUCAGUAAAAAUAUCUUAAUUUAAGAUGCUUUUUCUUGAUGAGCAAAACAACCCAAGAAAAUAGGUCUAGCUUUAAAACCAAAAAUAUCAAAUUUAAGUGAUUUUGUGCAUAAUACAAGCCAAAAAAUCUGCCAAUGUAGUAAGACAAUUUUUCUUGAAUUUUUCUUGAAUUUAGUGUUUAAGAAAAAAAUUUUUUUUAUAUUUUUACUGAAAACAAGACUAAGAAUUUUUUUCUUGAAAAUAAUUUUUUGCAGUGUAUUUUACAGCGUAAAUGUCUUUCUUUCAGUACAAAUAUCUAAAAAUCCUUAAAUUAAGAUGAAUUUUUUUUGAUGAGCAAAAUGACCUUAAGAAAAUAGACAAAAAACAAAGUUUAAGUGAAUUUCUGCUUAAAACAAGCAAAAAAAAAAAAAAAAAAAUCUUCCAAUGGGAUAAGAAACUUUGACCUUUUUUCUUAAACACUUAAUUCAAGAAAAAAUGUAGAAUAAUUUUUUCACUCCCAUUGGCAGAUUAUUUUUUGCUUAUUUUAAGCACCAAUUCACUUAAAUUGUGCACUUUUUGUCUAAAAACUAGACUUAUUUUCAUUUGUUCAUCAAGAAAAUACAACUUGAUUUAAAAAAUAGAUAAUUUUACUGAAAACAAUACAAAAAUACUAAGUAAGAAAGUAAUUUUUGCAGUGUAUAGGCAACUGAGAGCUCAAGAUCUCUUCCAAUGGAAACACACCUGUAAAAAAAAUGAUGUCAGCAUUAUGCCACAAAUGCUGUUGAUUAAGCUUAACUUGUAUUGAAUUUAUUGAGUCUUCCUUUGACAUGAGCACCUUCCCAGAAACCCAGCUUUGACUUCUUGUGUCCAGUGACGCUCUGUAUCUGUGUGACCUAUGACCUGAAAAGCACUCAGUCCAAACGUGCCGUGUCCUUUUGUGUAAUAUACUCAAGCUUUCUGUCUUGUAAGCGUCCAGUCGCUAUGUUACCGUGUGUUAUUCCUGUACUGUUUUGUGCGUCCUUUCUUCACAAAAUCACAUCAUCGACAACUCUAAGGGACCAAGAAAUGACCAAAGACUGUGGUCGAGAGAUGAAGAUGCUGAAAGACUUUAAGCCGAGACAAAAAGAGGAUUGGACUCUUCAUAUAAACAUUAAAGCAUGCGCUGUGACAGAGGCAUAAACUGAUUGCAGGCACUUCUCAGUAUGAGCUAUUUAAAAAAAAUAAUAAUCAUGACACCAAGAAAUGAUUAUGUUAUUGUUUGAAUGUGCUAUUAUUUAUGGUUACCUGUAAUUUUUAUUUACGGUGCAGUCCAAAGAAACGUUUGCUAAACAAAUACUUCUGUGGUAGUAAUGUAAAUCUAAUUUAAAAAUGCAUCUAUAUAUAAAUAUAUAUAUAUUUAAAUAGCAAGAAUAUGAAAUAUUUAAUCUGACAAUUACUGCAAAUAUAAAGUACAGUACAAAUACCAAAACGCCUUAUAGAUCCAUUUAAAGCCAGUCAAAACUGGUAUCACUCAUCUGUUGUUUUAAAAUCAGCACUGAAUCAUGGCAGCUUUAUAAUGGCAUUAUUUAUCUAUGAGGGCUCUUUCUCUACAAUAGAAGCUUUGUGAAACAAAGAAAAUCGCAUAAACAUUCCACAAUUUUGUGCCAAAAUGUUAUGUAUUGUGCCAUAUGUGUGCAAGCUUUGUCAUUAUUCUGCAUAACUUUGUGUCAUCAUAUAGCGAUCACAGCAUUCAUCAAACUGUUUGCAUUGUUUAAAGUGAUAUAAAAAUGGAGGAUCAACUAAGCUUAGUCUAACUCUAAGCUAAUUCAAUGUCCUAACAUGAAUAGCCGAAUAUAUUUGAAGAGUGUGACACAUUACUUGCAGAAUUUAAACAUAAGCUUUGAAAAUGUGUGACAUUGUCUGGACCCAUUGUGAAAUGUGUAAUAAUAAAUCGCAAACUAAU